AUGGAGGCUCACCAACACUCGCCAGAGAGCAGCAGUGAGGAGUGCACCGUCCUGGAGGCUCCGCCCGGAAAAAACAACUGCCCACAACACGCAGGGAACGUGGCUGAUCUGUACUGCUCGGCCUGUGAUUGUGCGCUGUGUGAUGACUGUGUGUGCGACCACGAGGAGCACCCCAGGGUGCCGCUGUGCGAGGCCCUGGAGCAGCAUCGUGUCCGCCUGCAGGAGAAGCUGGGCUUCGUCCAGAACAGACUCCCUCAGAUAUCAGACGCCCUGUCCUUUGUGAAGGAGAUCCUGCAGCAGCUGAGCAGUCAGAGAGCUUCCAUCGAGGAGGACAUCCAGUCCAGCUUCGAGGACCUGCACAAGCAGCUGGACGUCCGGAAGAGUGUCUUGCUCAUGGAGCUGGAGGUCACGUACGGACUCAAACAGAAGGUCCUCCAGGCCCAGGUAGACAACCUGGUCCGGGGAGAGGGGGACAUCAGUGCCAUCUGCACCCAGACGGAGGAGGCUCUGGCCGGGGAGGCAUGUGUGGCGAACCUGCAGGCAGAGCGGGAGCUCGGGGAGAGGUUGGCCGGGCUCGCCGGUCUGGGGAUGCCGUGUCAGCCGGAGGAGAACGACCAGUUGGAUCUGGUGCUGGAGACCGACGUGCUGAGGAAGUCGAUACACAACCUGGGGACAAUCGUCACCACCAGUGCGGUGGCAAGCCAGAGUGAGGCAAUGGGCGCCGGCCUGGAGCAGUGCAUUGUGGGACAUCCUUCCUCGGUUACCAUCGUAACAAGGGACAAGUCAGGGGGAGCCUGCAAGAGUGGAAACGCCAUCCUGUCAGCUGAGGUUUUCACCCCAGAUGGCAGCAUCGUGGACGGGGAAAUUAUGGACCACAAGAAUGGAACUUAUGAGUUUGUGUACACAGUCCCGAAGGAGGGCAACUUCUCUCUGGCUCUUCGUCUGUACGACCAGCACAUUAAAGGAAGUCCCUUCAAACUGACCGUCAGCAGGACCUUGGAGGUCGACGUAGAGGUCAGUUCUCUCCAGGUGUCUCCUUCCACCACCACAGCAACCAGCUCCGCCGCCAACGCCACCCCGUCUACAGGCUCCUCUGAUGGGACCAAGAGAAGAGGGAAAUCCCCCGGGCAGAAGAAGAAGGGCUCAAAAAGGGCCAGCAGUGCCCUGGGAACCCCAAGACGCAAAACUCAGAACCCCAUCGAGGAUGACCUCAUCUUCAGGAUCGGAACAAAGGGGAGGAACAAGGGAGAGUUCACCAACCUUCAAGGAGUGGCCACCUCCUCCACCGGCAGGAUACUGAUCGCCGACAGCAACAAUCAGUGUGUCCAGAUGUUCUCCAACGAGGGGGAAUUCAAGAGUCGUUUUGGGAUGAGGGGACGGUCACCAGGGCAACUGCAGCGCCCCACAGGCGUGGCCGUGCACCCCACUGGUGACAUCAUUAUUGCCGACUAUGACAACAAGUGGGUCAGCAUCUUUUCCUGCGAGGGCAAGUUCAAGGCGAAGCUUGGCUCGGGCAGACUCAUGGGGCCAAAGGGCGUGUCUGUGGACCAGAAUGGUCAUGUGAUCGUGGUUGACAACAAGGCGUGCACUGUCUUCAUCUUCCAGUUGACGGGCAAGCUCAUCACCAAGUUUGGUAGUCGAGGCAACGGUGACAAGCAGUUUGCAGGUCCACACUUUGCAGCAGUGAACAAGAACAAUGAAAUCAUUGUAACCGACUUCCACAACCACUCAGUCAAGGUUUUCACCCCUGAGGGAGAGCUGGUGUUGAAAUUUGGCUCAAAUGGUGAAGGGAAUGGCCAGUUCAACGCUCCCACUGGUGUAGCUGUGGAUGUUAAUGGGAACAUCAUUGUAGCGGACUGGGGCAACAGCAGAAUACAGGUGUUUGACGGCAGUGGUUCCUUCCUCUCCUACAUCAACACAUCGGCCGACCCUCUGUACGGACCCCAAGGUCUGGCUCUCACCUCAGACGGACAUGUGGUCGUGGCCGACUCCGGCAACCACUGCUUCAAAGUCUACCGCUACCUACAAUGA